GUCAUGUGACACCUACCGUCACUGUGGCCGCCAUGUGGGUUUGGAGAUCCACAGUGUUAUUGGGUUUAGUGGGGAGUAGAGGCGUAGUGAGAAGCAUGUGUGCCCAGGCAGCAGAUUGGCAAAGUGCCAAAUCAAUCUAUGAGUUUUCUGCCAAAGAUAUCGAUGGCAAUGAAGUAUCUCUUGAAAAGUACAGAGGGUUUGUGUGUAUCAUCACUAAUGUAGCCUCUAAAUGAGGAAAGACCAAGGUAAACUACACUCAGCUACAGGGUUUGCACGCAUCCUAUGCUGACAAAGGUUUACGCAUCCUGGGUUUCCCCUGCAACCAGUUUGGAGGACAGGAACCAGGGACUGAAGCAGACAUUAAAGAGUUUGCCAAAGGUUACAAUGUCGAGUUUGAUCUCUUCAGUAAGAUUGAGGUGAAUGGAGACAACGCUCACCCACUGUGGAAGUGGAUGAAAGCACAGCCUAAAGGCAAAGGAACUCUGGGAAAUAACAUCAAGUGGAACUUCACAAAGUUCCUAAUAAAUCGAGAGGGACAAGUGGUGAAGAGAUAUGGUCCUAAUGAAGAUCCAUCUGCGGUGGAGAAGGACCUGCCCACAUACCUGUAAAACUCCUGUCUGAUGUCUUUCUUUGAUUCCUGACUUCUCUGAUGGUCUUUUGGUGUUGGUGUGUGUGUGUCUGACCUGUGACGGCUUGUCUGUAAACCCAAAAGUGGGGAAGGCAGGCCUGAUGAUCUUAGCGUGCAACUUAACCAGAUGUUACACACACCAAAGCCUCCAAGACCAUAAGAGAGGACAAUCACUAGUUAAUCAAGAGGAAACCUUUAGCGUCUCGUGUCAAACUAAAAACAGCCAUUCCUUGUGUCCGGUACAAAUGCUGUCCAGUCCUUUUUGAAUGUUAAGGGAAUGUUCAUAUGUAUUUUCUGAACAUACAGUGCACUAAAAUUCUGAUUGACAGCGCUCAUCAUAAAUGAGUACACCCCCUUUCAGAAGUAAGAUUUGAAUCAAUGUCUCAAAGAACACAGUAAUUUCCUAAAUUUUGACGUGAGGGAGUUUUAUAGAACCUCUUCUUACAUCAUAACAUGAAAAUAAGGUUAAUAAUGUAGCUUAAAUUUUCAGUUUUACUCAUAUUAGUGGAUGCAGAAGACUACUACAUCUAGUAUUUUGUAUGAUCUCCAUGAUUUUUAAGGAUGGCCCAGAAUGAUAUGAAAGUUUUCAGUUCUUUCUGUUCUUUAAGAGUGUCUUCUUUUUCAGAAUUCACCCACAUGUGUUCGAUUGGGUUCAGAUCAGGAAACGCUGAAUUACUUUCACUCCACUCUUCUUCAGAAAUCCAACAGUGGACUUAGAUGUGCAUUUUGGUUUAUUGUCACAUUAGAAAAGUGCACAACUACUGAGGGCAUGUGGAGACGGUAGCAUCUUCUUUGUCAAUACAGAGAAGUAUGUUUGAGAAUUCAUGAUGCCAUCAGUGAAAUGCAGCUGCCUGACAUAAGGACACUGACACUGUAGGCACCAUGUGUUUUUACUUUACACUCCUCACCUCUAUGAUGCCAUACAGUUUUGAAGCCAUCAGUUCCAAAAACAUUCAUCUUUAUCUUAUAACUCCAGAAUAUAGAGUCCCACCAGUCUUUAUUGUUUUCAGCAUGGGCUCUGGCAGAUUCUAGGUGGGUGUUUUUGUGCAAAGGAUUUAGGAGAGGCUUCCGUCAUGGAUGAGUCAUGCAUGUCAUUCCUCUGCAGUGGAUGCUGCAAUGUAUCAUGGGAAACACCCCACUCCGACUCCUUCAUUCUUAAUCUAACUGCAGUGAACAUUUAUAGCAAGUUUCUUCAACACCUCUCAUCAGAAAAUGCUCCUGUUGAGGCGUUAACUUCUGUGAUUGGCCUGGAAGUGAUGUAUCACUUUUGUUACAGUAUUUUGACUGAUAAAUGAAGUGUUUCUGAUCUAUUUAAGAAAUGAUUCGCUUUCUCAGGUCUUGUAACGUUUGUCUUCCAUAUGGUGGAAUUAUUGACAGUGAGACAUGGGAGCGUUUUUAAUUUUCUACUUUACUAUCUGCUAGAUGCCUCUUUAAUGAAUAGUUAAACAAUUAAUGAGAAUUUCAUAGUCUAAAAUAUAGCUUGGCUCCAAAAACAUUAGUGGGGUGUAUUUUUACAACAUGGUCUUGAAUUAAUUACUUUUUUGUGUGCAAAUCAGCAAAUGGUGUUUGCAAUCAUUGGUCCAUAUUUCUGAGUUUGUUUAUUUUGUUUUGUUGUUUGUUUGUUUUUUGUUUUUUAUCAUGUCCCAUAGAAAAUAUUAAUUCUGAAAGGAAACUAAAGGUUUUCUGACAAAUCCGUUGGGGUGUACUCAUUUCUGUUGAGCAUUGUAUCUGUAGCUGUUGAUAUUAUUCACACUUAACCUUUGGGAGGGAACACUGCUGCAUGUUAAGAUCGUUAUUUUGCUCAUCAUGUGACUGACACUGGAAAAUAAAUGCUCUGCU